GUCAGAGGCACUCAGAGUGGAGACCUCGGACUCUCAGAGAGGGACUGCGCUAGACACAUAAGGACAAGCCCGAAGGAGGAAAGGUGGAGCUGUGCCCUUGCCACAAGAUUGAGUAGCUAUGAAACGCCCUCUGAUCCUGUCCCUUCUCUUGCUGGGGACCGUUUCUGCUCUUCAUCUGAGCAAUGAUUUCCCCAAACUGGAAAGCCUAGAGACAGUAGCAGACCUGAGCCAGGAUCUGGAAGGUUCAGGGGAGCAGGAGGGAAAGCUGGCCCCAACUGAGAAGGUGGUUCAGUCAGAGGAAGAGGAGGUAGAAUCUUUCGGGUAUGAAGAUGCCCUUGAGGAUGAGGAGGACACGGAGAAGGAUUUACAAUGCCCCAGAGAAGAGGACACGGUUCAUUUGCUGGGCAGCCCUGGGUGCAAGACCUGCCGCUACCUGUUGGUGCGGAACCUCAGGACAUUUAGAAAAGCUCAGAAUAUCUGCAGCAGGUGCUACCGAGGCAACCUUGCCUCCAUCCAUAGCUUCGGCUCCAACUACCGCAUCCAGCUUGUGACCAGUAGGAUCAACCAGGCCCAGGUUUGGAUUGGAGGCAUCCUCAAGGGCUGGUUCCGGUGCAGGAGGUUUCGCUGGACUGAUGGAAGCCGCUGGGAUUUUGGAUUUUGGGCCUCAGGGCAGCCUGGGAACGGGAGAGGCCGCUGUGUGGCACUGUGCACCAGAGGAGGCCGAUGGCGACGAAAUCGAUGCAAAAGGCGUCUGCCCUUCAUCUGCUCCUUCUAAAAAUCUAAGCCAGAGGCAAUGAGACCCUCCCUUGGAGCCCCCUCCCUUCACACGCUCCUGGCUGCCCCUGUCCCACCCUCAGCAGUAGGCUCGUCCCCUAGCCUUUCCUGGCAAUAAAUCCAGACUUCUCACGGCACUCGCCGACUCUUCCGUCUUCUCUGUUCACUUUGAGGGAUCCCCCCCCCCGAGGGGCGGGGCGUUGAGGAGAGUGA